AUGAUUGAUCAUGUGAAAGAUGUAACAGGAAUGACAUUGAAAGACAAACUGCAAUCAUCGGGUUACGGAAAAAAGGUUACGCUGGCCGGGGAUAAAAUUCGCUUGGAUCCAGAUAUAAUGCGUUCGUUCUUUAGCACAUCUUUGACGCAAAUCAUCGAACAUGUCUCUGAUUUGCUACGAAAAGUAGAAUGCAGGGGCGUGGAGGCCAUAUUGAUGGUUGGGGGAUACUCCGAGUGCAUGCUUCUCCAAGAAUCCAUCAAACAGCGGUUUUCGCAUCUGAAAAUCAUCGUUCCACCCGAUGCAGGGCUUGCUGUUAUGAAGGGUGCGGUCAUAUAUGGUCAUUUCCCCAUGGCCAUUACCGAGCGCGUUUCAAAGUAUACAUACGGUACAGAUAUAGCAAAAAUAUUCAUCGACGGGGAGCAUCCUUUGUCUAAACGUAUAAUAUACAAAGAUGGUUCCAUUCGGUGUGAAGAUAUUUUCUCUAAACUUGUUGAAGUUGGAGAUACGCUUGUUGUCGGCCAAGCACAGAAUGAAGCAUCAUAUACACCAGUUUUCGAUGAUCAGAAAUCUAUGAGUGUGGAGAUAUUUGCUACUAGUGACAAAAAUCCAAAAUUUACAACCGAUGUCGGAUGCCAGAAAAUUGGCGGCAUUGAUGUACCACUUGCCGGAAGUGGGACCAAGCGGUCAGUUAAGGCAGUGAGAGGUGGGUCGCUUUUGGUGGCCGCCAUAGACAUCGGGACUACAUAUUCUGGUUGGGCAUUUUCUUUUAAAUCCGAGUUUGAUAAAGAUCCUACAAAAGUAUCCGCGAAAGUAUGGACUGGGAGUCAGCUGUUAUCGUCAAAAGGUUCAAAAUGUCGUUGUGGAACAAGAUACAUGAAAGAAGAUUUGGAGAAAAUAUCCGAGAAUCGAGUGGCAGGUUUGCAACCAGACGACAUUCACUGGGUUCUGACCGUGCCUGCUAUUUGGAAUAAUUCGGCAAAACAGUUCAUGAGAUUGGCUGCAGAACAAGCCGGAAUCUCCUCCGACAAGCUUUCCGUUGCCCUCGAACCCGAAGCAGCCUCCCUAUACUGCAGACAUCCCCCUGUUCUGUGUGACGGGCCAUCAGGCAUUUUCACAUUUCAAACAGGAAAAAAAUACUUAGUUCUAGACGCAGGAGGUGGGACAAUUGACAUAACAGUACACGAAGUUUGUGCCGGUGGAAACCUAAAAGAGAUCCAUAGGGCAAGUGGUGGUGAUUGGGGCGGGACAAAGAUCGACGGCGCAUUCAUUAAUUUUCUUGAACAUAUUGCAGGUAACACUGCAAUGCAGCGAUUUAAAGAUGAGACUAUGGAAGAUUACCUUGAACUACUUCGUGAUUUUGAAAUCAAGAAGAGAGAUAUAGAUGUUGCAUCGAAAACUAAAGUAACAAUUAAAGUUCCAUCUUCUCUGUUUGACCUCGUACAGGAAAUGACACAACUGUCAAUACGAGACAAACUAGCAUCAUCCAGUUAUGGAAAACAGGUAAGCCUGACCGGAAACAAAGUUCGUUUGGAUGCGGAUGUCAUGCGGUCCUUCUUUAGCGCAACAUUGACACAGAUUAUAACGCAUACAUCUGAUCUUCUUGAAAAGCCAGACUGCAUUGGAGUUGAAGCCAUAAUGAUGGUGGGUGGUUUCUCUGAGUCUAAGCUUCUCCAGGAAAUCUUCAAAAUGACGUUUACGCAGCUGAAAAUCAUAGUUCCUCCAGAAGCUGGACUAGCUGUCCUCAAGGGGGCGGUCAUUUACGGUCAUUGUCCAACUGCGAUCACUGAACGCAUUUCAAAGUAUACCUAUGGUGUAGCGUCAAGGGUAGACUUCAACGAAAAAAUACACCCUAUGUCGAAGCGCUCAGUUUCCGAGGAUGGCUCCAUCCAAUGUGUCAAUAUUUUUGCGAUCAUUGUUAGAGAAGGAGAUAAACUUGUCGUAGGUGGGGCGCAUAAGGAAAAAUCAUUCACCGUUCCAAGUGAGUGCAAGAAGUCAGUGGUUGUUUCAAUAUUUAGUUCAAGAGAUAGGAAUGUUAAAUUCAUAACAGAUCUUGGCUGUAAACCGGUUGGAACUCUUGAGGUACCACUGGCAGGAAGAGGUACAGACCGUUUGGUUACAGUUCGAAUGCUUUUUGGCGGCACGGAAAUAAUUGUUGAAUGUGUAGAAGAAGCUACCAACAGAAUCAGACGGUUGAAUAUAGAUUUUCUGACGUAAAUAUGAGUAUUAAAAGUAUAAGAAACAUUGACACGUCAUGUCAAAAGCAAUGGUGUCCAAACUUUGACAACUGGUGAAAUGUUAUAUUUAAAGUGAUAUUAUGGGCAUCUAACAGUUUAUAGGUGUCUAUCGCAACCGUUGUUUAUUUUUGGUGUUUUCACUUCAUAUACACGUAUAUUUGUUAAUUCAGCAUCAACAUACUAAAACAAUAUCCCGGAAAGAGAAAUAUAAUGCAUUUGAAUAUCAACCGUACUUUCGCUUGACAACUGAUCACGCCUGUACAAUGUGAACCUAAAUUUAGUUUUAGUGCAGAUUCGUUAACACGACACAAAGACACAAUUUUGUUUUACGGAUCAUUUAAGCUUACAGGACUGGGUGGGUCACGUAAAAUAUCGAAUUAAAAUAUAUUUUUUUAUAAACAACUGGUAGCAAGAUGAGUUGCAGAUAAUUGGUCAGUAACCACAUUUUAACUAACUCUUUUGACCUGUUAAUUCUUUUCAGCUCAAUUCAACAGUGAAAAAUGCCCAUAAUAUCACUUAAAGUUACAAAAUAUGGUCUUGUCUAAUAAACAUUCAGUUUAAUUUGUAAUCCAAUACAUAAUAACUUUAUGAAUUUAAAUGAUGAUUUUAGCAUUAAAUAUUAUUAGAAAUAAUUUCUAAAAACGUAUACAGUUGGCCUGCAUAUGUAUGGACUAUUAACAUUGUAUAUUUUUGAAAAGUAACGUCUUCGGAUUUGGGUUUUCUGUUAAAUUAUGUUAUAUUUGCUUUACUUUUAUGUUAGAUUAUCCCAGAUAAAUUAAUUUAUAUGUUUUGCUCUUGCUGAGAACGAGACUUACUGUGCAUGUAUGUAUAUAAUAUUUAUAUAGUUUACAAACUUGUUUGUGUUUUCGAUUUUUUUGAAAAGUGCGAUAUUGUUGAAAACACUUCCAUGCAGGAAUAAUUCUUUAGCGUGUCUUUA